UGUCAGCUUCCUACAUCCAUUCAGUAAAAUGUUAUGGAACACGGUCAGUGAAAGGAGCAGAGACGAUCAGGUUAACGCUAAUAGACCGGUCCUCUAAGGGUUAAUUAAGACUGUGCCCCCCUUUUCUCCACCCCUCUCCCCCGGAAUGAAGAGGAACAGGAAUUGUUUACUGCAAGAGUUUUCAUGCAAACUAUAGUGUUUCGCUUGGAAUCUAAUUGUGCCUGAUGGACCCAUUACUUUGUAAUCAGAGCAGCUCCCCAGCUGGAUCUCAGGGGGUUAAUUAAAAGAAUGAGGUAGUGCCCAAAUCCAGCAAACAAACAGGAGGACCACCUGAAUUGUUUCACCGGUCCUGCAGGGAAACUAUUGUUACUAUGAACAAUCAUGUUGCCUGGCAUCAUCAUCAGCAGUGUCCUUUACCUCCCGAGUUUAUUAGGUUACUAUACCAGGAUAUACAGGACGAUCCAUCACUGUUUCUCAUCAAUGACUUGGCCUUGCAGCAGCACACAGUGGACCUCAUAAGGAACAGGAAACCUAAACUGCUCUUAGCUGUUUUCAUGAAAGGAUGCUUGUCUGUGCAAGGUUAAAUGAGCAGCAAAGGGAAUGUUUGUGUCUUCCUCUUCAGAUGUGAGGCUUUUAGAGACAGACAUGCAGUCACUAACUGCUAUGCACGUUGCAACAUGAUCACAGUAAUCCUGGACAGGAAGAGAUCAAUGAUUGGUAUGAUGAAGAAGAGCUGCUACUGGUGACAUUUGAGAAGUAUUGAUAGGUCCCUGACCAGAGAGUGGUACUUAAUGGGAGGAGUCAUGCUUCACACAGCCAAAUUUUGCUGGCAACUACUUCUGUGUGUGACCAUGGUCUUGGUCUAUUUGGGAUUUACAGUUGGCUGUCCAGCACGUUGUGAGUGCUCAGCACCAAACAAGUCUGUCAGCUGCCAUCGCAGGCGUCUCAUUUCCAUUCCAGAGGGCAUACCUAUUGAGACUAAAAUCUUGGAUCUGAGCAAGAACAAAUUAAAAAGUGUGAACCCAGAGGAUUUUUUGUCUUAUCCUCUACUGGAGGAGAUAGAUCUUAGUGACAAUAUCAUCUCAAAUGUGGAGCCUGGAGCUUUUAAUAGUCUUUUCAAUUUGCGCUCUUUACGCUUAAAGGGAAAUCGCUUAAAACUGGUAUCUUUAGGAGUGUUCACAGGUUUGUCAAACUUAACAAAGCUUGAUAUAAGUGAAAACAAGAUAGUAAUUUUACUAGACUACAUGUUUCAGGAUCUUCAUAAUUUAAAAUCCCUUGAAGUUGGAGAUAAUGAAUUAGUUUAUAUCACGCACAGGGCCUUCAGUGGACUUCUUAGUCUGGAGCAACUUACUUUGGAAAAAUGCAACUUAACGGCUGUACCAACGGAGGCUCUGUCUCACCUCCAUAACCUUGUUAGUCUACAUUUGAGAAAACUUAACAUUAAUACACUCCCUCCAAUUGCCUUUAAGCGAUUGUUCCGUUUGAAAAUUCUUGAAAUAAGCAAUUGGCCUUUGCUGGGUAUGGUACCAGCUAAUAGCUUUUAUGGUCUGAAUCUCACUUUUCUCUCAAUAACCUAUACUAAUCUAUCUAUGAUACCUUAUCAUGCUUUAAAACAUCUAAUUUACCUGACACACUUAAACCUGUCCUUUAAUCCUAUUAGCGUCAUUGAGACAGGUAUACUAGCCGACUUGGUGCGUCUUCAGGAGCUGCACUUGGCGGGAGCUCAGUUGCAUACCAUUGAGCCACAAGCUUUCCAAGGUCUACGUUUCCUUCGAUUACUUAAUGUGUCUCAGAACCUCUUGGAGACAAUAGAAGAGAAUGUUUUUCAUUCACCUAAAGCACUGGAAACACUUUGUAUUGAUAACAACCCACUAAUUUGUGAUUGCCGCCUCAUGUGGAUGCUACAGAGACAUCCUGCAUUGAAUUUUGGAAGCCAACAGCCAAUGUGUGCCAGUCCAGAUAAUGUUCGAGAAAAAGCUUUCAAGGAAUUUCAAAGCACUGUAUUGUCUUUUUACUUUACGUGUAAAAAACCUAAGAUACGUGACCGGGAAAUGCAGGAGAUGUACGUGGAUGAGGGCAAGAGGGUACAGAUGAAUUGCAAUGCAGAUGGAGAUCCUCAGCCUAUGAUUUCCUGGGUGACCCCACACAAGAGGAUGGUUUCAUCUAAAACCAAUGGAAGAGCCACCGUGCUUGUAAAUGGCACAUUGGAAAUAAGGUACGCCCAAGCUGAAGACACUGGAACAUAUGUCUGUGUUGCUAGCAAUGCUGCUGGAAAUGAUACCUUCUCAGCUUCACUUACUGUGAAAGGAUUUGUAUCUGACCGUUCAUUUACAAACAUAACACCGAUGUCUAUUACAGAGUUAAAUGAAACCAACACCAAUGGAACCAAUGCAAAUAUGACAUUUUCACUUGACCUUAAGACUAUAUUGGUGUCUACAGCAAUGGGUUGCUUUACAUUCCUGGGAGUGGUUUUGUUUUGUUUCCUACUCCUUUUUGUGUGGAGCCGAGGGAAAGGGAAGCAUAAAACCAGCAUUGACCUGGAAUAUGUUCCACGCAAAAACAAUGGGGCAGUAGUGGAAGCUGAUGUUACAGGUACAGUACCCAGGAGAUUUAAUAUGAAAAUGAUCUAGCAGAUUGUUGCCAGUAGAGAUAUGUUUUCCUGUGGCAAUGUUUCUACCCACUAAUACAGCCUAGCAAUUUGGAUUGCUGGGUCAAUACAGCUGCAUUCAGCUGUCACUGUGUCAAAAUGGUUUUGUGAAACUGGAAAGCCUGUCUGACUGCCCUAAAGAACUCUGUGACCUGAGAGCAGAAACACCAAGGGCAUUCCACUGAACUGUUCCACUAGUUGUUUGCAUUGCAAAUAUUUGCAUUCUGGGGAUCUCAGUAACAAACUCUUGGCUCACGCUCAUGGACAACUAACUAUUCAACAUUUUCUACCAUUAUGAGAAAAAAAAAGAAAAGAAAAGAA